AUGCGCCUUGUGUCAGCCAACAUAAGAGACACAGUGACUUUGCACUGCUUCCAUGAAGGAAACUUAAAUUCUUAUAUCUCAUGGUACAAGCUAACAGUAGGACAGAAGCCUCAACUUGUAUCAACAAUUUACAAAUAUGAUGGUGGUGCAAAAUUUCACAGUGAGUUUAAAGAUAACCGUCGGUUCACAGUGCAAAGUGGAAAUGGAUUUUAUCAUCUACAUAUCUCCAACACUCAGCCAUAUGACUCCGCUACAUAUGUCUGUGGGGGAAUGAAUGUUAAUGUGAUGGAAUUCAAAAACGGGAUACUUCUCAUUCUGAAAGGAUCAAGUAAAACUGUUGUACAGCAACCUGUGUCUGAGUCAGUCCAGCCUGGAGACUCUGUGACUCUGAACUGUACAAUACACACUGAGACCUGUGCAGGAAAAUACAGUGUCUAUUGGUUCAGACAUGGCUCAGAAGAAUCCCAUCCAGGAAUCAUUUACACCCAUGGAGACAGGAGUGAUCAGUGUGAGAAGAGCUCUGAGGCUGGGUCUCCUACACAGAGCUGUGUCUACAACCUCCCCAAGAGGAACCUCAGCCUCUCUGAUGCUGGGACUUACUACUGUGCUGUGGCCUUAUGUGGAGAAAUACUAUUUGGGAAUGGGACCAAGCUGGACAUUGACCGCAAGUGA